AUGUCAGUCUCCAAUACCACCUUAAUGCAUCCAGCAGUCUUCUUGUUGAGGGGGAUCCCAGGCCUGGAACACCUUCAUAUCUGGAUAUCCAUUCCUUUCUGUUUUGCCUAUUGUCUGGCUCUCCUGGGAAAUUGUACCCUUGUAUUUAUCAUCAUGGUGGAUGCAGCCCUCCAUGAGCCCAUGUAUCUAUUCUUGGCCAUGUUGUCCACGAUUGAUCUGGUCCUGUCCUCCUCAACACUGCCCAAAAUGCUUGCCAUUUUCUGGUUCAGGUAUCGGGAGAUCCAUUUCUAUGCCUGCCUCGUCCAGAUGUUCUUUCUCCAUUCUUUCUCUAUUAUGGAGUCAGCAGUGCUGCUGGCCAUGGCUUUUGAUCGUUAUGUGGCCAUCUGCAAGCCCCUACAUUAUACUACAAUCCUGACCAGGCCCCUCAUCACCAAGAUUGGCAUGGCCGCUGUGACGCGGGCUGUGGCACUCAUGACUCCACUCCCCUUUUUGCUCAGACGUUUCAACUACUGCAGAGGCCCAGUGAUUGCCCAUUGCUACUGUGAGCACAUGGCAGUGGUGAGGCUGGCUUGUGGAGACACUCGCUUCAACUUUAUCUAUGGCAUUGUUGUAGCCAUGUUUAUAGUGGUGUUAGAUCUGUUCUUUGUCGUUUUAUCUUAUGUUUUCAUCCUUCGGGCUGUUCUGCAGCUUGCUUCACAGGAGGCCCGCUAUAAGGCUUUUGGGACCUGUGUGUCUCACAUAGGUGCCAUAUUAGCCUUUUAUACACCUGUAGUUAUCUCUUCAGUCCUGCACAGAGUAGCUCGUGGAGCUGCACCCCAUGUUCACAUUCUCUUUGCCAAUUUCUAUUUGCUCUUCCCACCCAUGGUUAAUCCAAUCAUCUAUGGUGUCAAGACUAAGCAGAUUCGUGAACGAGUUUUAGGACUAUUUCUUAAAAAGGAAAUGUAA